AUGUCAUCAACUUCUUUGAGCGACGAGCACAUUGGCCGUGAUCAUAGCCAAUAUGAGGAACUUCGAACGAGGUCUUUCAACGCUCGCGUACCGGCAGCUAUGCCAGCUGCAAUAUCCUGUCCGUCAACGACUGCAGAUGUCGUCAAAGCAGUGAAACAGGCUACUGCUCCCGGGCAACCCAUCGGUGUCCGCGCAGGUGGCCACUUGUUCCCAUGCUGCUCCCUUCUGGAAGGCGGUCUGCUUAUCGAUGUCAAGCAUCUGAACUCCUCGAUCGAUUAUGAUGCAAGUACGAAAAACAUCUCUUUUGGUCCUGGCCGUAUCUCCAAGGAGCUCGCGGAGGCGUGCACUGAGCUAAAUUGGUUCUUCCCCUUUGGACACUCGCCGACCGUCGCCGCCGGCGGCUUCUUGCUUUGUGGGGGACAAGGAUGGUUUUGCCGAGGCUGGGGCCUGACUUCUGACUCUUGGAUCCUCGGGAUGGAGAUUGUUACGGCGGAAGGGCAGGUCGUGAUUGCUAGCCGAGAAAAAAACACGGAUCUCUUCUGGGCUGCACGAGGAAGUGGCCGAGGGUUCUUUGGCAUUGUAACUAGAUUUUGGGCCCGAACAAUGCCCGCCCGUCAGUUUUACACUACGACAUUGAUCUUCAACGCUUCUAACAACUGGAGGAAGAUCUGCUCGUGGAUGCUGGACACCAACGACCGCACCCCGAGAUAUGGCGUCGAGACAGCCGCCGCAACUAUCUAUGCCAACAAGAAUUCGCUCCCUCUUGGCGACGAAAUCACCGACAAAACACUGCUUAUGGCCAUCGAGGUGAUAGCGUACGCUGAUUCAGAAGGAGAAGCAAGAACUAUGCUCAGCGAGUAUAACAAGAUUCCGGAGGAUCUGAAGAAAUUACUCGGCCAGGGCGAGCGCUGGCAAUGUGAUAGCAUCCUCAGCAGCCCGAAGGUCUCUCGAGAAGAGCUGGUUCGGACCAUGGAGGGGCCCAUGUGCGACUUGCCGUCACGGCGGUCAGUGAGUUGUAUAUACAUCGCCGAGUGCUACCCCGAUGCUGCCGACAUGGCCGGGAGCCUACCGCAGCAGUACUACAUGUCGACGAUGAAUUACUGGACCGAUCCAACGGACGACACACGCAUGAGGGAGUGGAUGUAUGAUCGAUACUCCAAAGCCUCUGCUGUUGGCGUUGGCCAAUAUAUUGCAGACUACGACGUAACUCAUCGGAAAGAAAAGGUGAUGAGCGAGGCAAACCUUCAGAAAUGGCUGAAGGUUCGAGCGCAAUGGGAUCCAGAGGAGAGGUUCCCAGCAUACAAGAACUUCGCCUUUACCGGCAUAGAGUCCAAGUUCUAG